AUUGGAGAGAGGGAGGUGGCUGUCUCCGCGGGAUGUCCCGGCUCAGUCUGGCUUUUACUGUCAGAGCUUUGCCGUGCCCGGACUGAACCCGCGCCUGGCGAGUUUCGUUUCCUGACGAAGGCGCGCUGCCUGGAAAAGGAACUCGCCCGAGGCCAGAGGCGGGAACUCCCCUGCCCGCGGGGCCGUGCUCGCCGUCCUCCGGGUGCGGAGAGGAAGCGGUGGCCAUGGACGGCGCGGGCGGCACACGGGCGCGGGGCAGGCGGGGGUCGCGAACCGCAGCUCCGCGGGGCCGGGGCGCGCCGAGGAGCGCAGCGCGCAGCCCCUCGCGGGGCGCGCCGAGGAGCGCAGCCCGCAGCCCCUCGCGGGGUCGCGUCGCGGGCGAAAGCCCGAGCGGUGCCACGACCCGCCGGGCGCCGCGGACGGACGGACCCCCCGCCCGGGGCGGGCGCCCGGGGCGGCGAGCCCACGCUGCCUCGGCCCUGCCGGCGGGCGGCGUAGAGGCGCCCCCCGCCCCGCGGAGCAGAGCGCGGGCCACCAGAGUCCCCGCGGCUCCGCGGAAGGUUGCGGUGGUGCCCGACGGAGCGGCUGCUGCCCCCGUAGCCGCCCCCCGGCCCCUGCCAGACACCCUGCGGCUCCACGAGGUGCUGUCGCGGCUUAGCCUGGGCCGCAGGGACGUCUCCGAGGCGUCGGCGCUAGUGAAUAUGGUGGUUCCGCACCUGGUCCAGACCAUCCGGAGCAGAGACGGCGCCUUCAGCUCCAUAGAGCGGCACAGCGCCGGGAGCUACUACGAGCGCGUCAAGAUAUCUCAACCAAAUGAGUUUGACAUCAUGCUGGUAAUACCUGUUGAAAGGCUUCAACUGGAUGAGUCUGAUGACACGGGAGCCUAUUAUUACCUAACAUUCAAAAGAAAUCCAAAAGAAAAGUAUUUGUUGAAGUUUUUAGAUGAAGAUGGAAAAUUAUCAGCCUUUAAAAUGCUUCAAGCACUUAGAGAAAUUAUUAAACAAGAAGUAAAAAACUUUAAAAAUGUGGAAGUAACUGUGACAAGGAAAAAGGCUGGAAGCCCUGCAAUAACUCUUCAGAUCAAAAAUCCUCCAUCAGAAAUAUCAGUGGACAUCAUCUUGACUCUGGAAGUUCACCACAGCUGGCCGCCCAGCACACAGGACGGCCUCAAAAUUAAACAGUGGCUGGGAACCAAAGUCAGGAGAGAGUUCAAAUUGACAUCAGUUUAUUUAGUAGCCAAGCAAAACAAAAGAGAAAAGGUUCUAAGAGGAAACACAUGGCGACUCUCCUUCUCACAUAUUGAGAAGAUGAUGAUGACGAACCAUGGCCACUCAAAGACAUGUUGUGAAUCUGAUGGAACGAAGUGCUGUAGGAAAGGUUGUCUUAAGCUGCUGAAGUAUCUUCUAGAGCAACUUAAAAUGAAAUAUCCAAAAGAGCUGGAAAAAUUCUGUUCAUAUCAUGUCAAAACUGCUUUUUUCCACUCUUGUGUCAUGUGGCCAAAUGACGCAGACUGGAUUUUGGGAGAUCUGGAUCAUUGCUUUCAGAAAUGUCUGGGAUAUUUUGUGGAGUGCCUGCAAAAGUCUCAGCUGCCUCACUUUUUUAUUCCCCAAUACAACUUGCUCAGUCUGGAAGACAAAGCGAGCAAUCAUUUCCUUGCAAGACAGAUAAGCCAUCAACUGAACAACAGAUUCCCAAUAUUUCAGGAGAGCUAUUAAAAUCACUGUUUACAUUAGCUAUCUAAUCAUGUAGAUUUGCAUAUUUAAAACAAAAAGUUCUGUACCAUAAGUUACUUUUCAGUAGUCUGAAGGACAAGGCUGCCCCGGGAGCCCAAACCCAGCUUUCAGCAAAAGAAAGCUCUGCUGACAAACAUCUCAUGAUUCAAGUUUGGACCCUUGUCCUAAGACCUGUUAAAGUUCUACCUUAUGGAUUAAGCCUGGCUCCAGCAGAAAUCAGAAAGGACUCCUGAGAUGAUUGUAUCAGACCAUGUCUAAACCCCUUUAAUCCCUUUCCCCCUAUGUAAUUUUGGUUGAGGGAAAUAUUUAACCCACUGGGCAACGGUAGUAAAAACUUGUGUAAUUCCCUAAUUAACAUAGCUCAUCCUCUUCAUUAACAUGUCCAGCCCCAGAUGCCUUUAAAAUAGCGUUCUCAUGUUCAAUAAAUGAUUCCAGUUCCCCCAUACUGGGAUCGUGUCUAGCUUUUAUUUUUCAGACCACCACUCGUGAGUGGAUGAAGACCUGUUGCAGAGGAUAAUCACCAGCAACAGUAAAUAGAGAGAGAAUUUUGUAUCAAAAUAAUAUGAAGUUCCUGAAGCAACUUUCCUUUCUGAGUCUUCAGAAUGGCUUUGGAAUUGGGUCUUUUCAUUGGACUUUGGGUAGGAAGCAAUCACUAUCUAAUAUGGUACAACCGAGUAAAAGUUACUGGGCCAAUGAGUAUUUGCAUCAUGAAUCUUGUAGAAAGAAAUGCAUCUUUCAACCCCUAUCAAAGAGGAAGACUCUUGAUAUGAAAGGUUAUCAAAACCAAAAUGCAGCAUGAAUCUGACAGUCUUGAAACUGGAAUUCAGCUCUGUUUUUCUCAUGCUGAAGAAAUACCAGUUAGGGAAAAAAAUUAUAUUUCCUACUACUAAAAUUGUGCAGGUGAGAUAUACACAGCAUUUGGGAACUGCUGAGCUGCAAGUGAAUACAUACUUUGUGUCUCCUUAGAGAAGCCAGGGCAAGUCUGUAUUUUUAGCCUACUUUUUGAAGGCAAAAUAACCUAGUGGCUUAAAUAAUGCCCAGAUUUCACCUCAAUUUUGAGCAAAUAAAGAGGCAAGACCAAAAGAACAUUUAUAGAAUAAUUUUAUUAAAAUAUUUUCAUUUCAUUAAAUUCAGUUUAUUAGUUUACUCAUAUGACACGUAAACACAAGUUCAGACCAAGCGUCAAAUAAGGAAUAACUUCUUCCCAUAUAAAUUCCAAAGAGAGAAAAUAUGCCCCAUUAUCUGUAGGAAUCUGUGUGACAGAAACUGUAAAUGUAAAAUUUGUAUCAACUUUAUCUGAAGGAAAUAAAAGCUGACCUUCAAAUGUA